CGUGCUAGUUGGUGAGCGCUGGGAUUGUUGUUGAGUAACUGUUCCUGUGGACCCUUUGUGCAGAAUACUGGAGCUGAAUAGAAGAAGUUGGCACAAUGUUUUCUUCUAUUGUAGCCUUUAUUAAAGGCAGCAGCCUUGCCAAGCUGGCAUGUCUGGACUUUGGAAUCCAGUGGGGGCUGUGGGUUUUCUCAGCAGCCCUCCACACUGAGAAGUUUUAUGACUUAGCAGGGUCGUCCACGUACCUGGUGUUGGUGUACCUGGCCUUCGAGUGGUCGCGGGGACAGACCUCGCCGCAGUCGGUGCAGCGCAACAUGGUCAUGAUCUGGGCCAUCCGCCUGGGGCUCUACCUCUUCGUCCGGGUGCUGAAGGACGGCGGCGACAAGCGCUUCAACAAGGCUCGCGACAGCCCCUCCACGCUCUUUGUGUAUUGGACUCUGCAGGGGGUGUGGGUCUUGGUGACCCUGCUGCCAACACUGGUCAUGAUGGACGGCAGCGAGCGCCGGCAGCCCUGCACCCAGCACUACGUCGGCUGGGCCAUGUGGGCGGUCGGCUUCGUGUUCGAAGUGGUGGCCGAUUAUCAGAAGACUGUGUUCAGAAAUAAUCCGGCCAACAAGGGCCGCUUCAUCACGACCGGUGUGUGGUCGCUCAGCCGGCACCCCAACUACUUCGGCGAGGUGCUGCUCUGGUUCGGCCUGUACGUGUCGGCGUCGGCCGGCUGGAGCGGCUGGCGCCACCUGCUGGUGCUCUGCCCACUGUUCGACUACGUGCUGAUCAGCCGGCUGAGCGGCGUGCCGCUGCUGGAGGCGGCCGGCCGGCGCCGCUGGGGCGCCGAGGCCGCCUACCAGCGCUACCUGGCCACCGUGCCGCAGCUGCUGUUCACCAGCAGCGCCCUGCCGUACCGCCGAGCCACGGCCGACCGGCGCAGCCUGCCCCGUCUCGUCACCGGCCCUGCCGUACCGCCCGAGAGCUGCGGCCGCCCGGCGCCGGCAGAUUUAAUCACGGCGGCCAUCUUAAUUACGUCGAUCAAGUCCAUCAGCGCCGAGGCCAAGGACUCGCCAGACGUGUUCAGCUAG